CUAAAUAUUUUUAAAUCACUUCCAGAAAACCUUUCCAUAGACUUCAGAAAGUAGUUUCCAUAGACCACCAAGUCGUUAAUAAAUUUAGAAUAUCAACUAUCCAACAAACUGAUUCCUUAGACAGAGGCGAAUAUGUCUGCCAAGUUGGAAAAUCAACUGCCAAAGUAUAGGGAAAUAUGAUAUUUGUGUUGAGCGGUACGUAGAACAAAUCGUUAUCGGUGGGGGCUGAGCCUCAUUGGAUGGUGCGUAAACAGAUCCGAAAACUAACGUUUUUGAAGCCGAUUUAGGUGGGGAUUUCAAAGUCACAUGAUGGCGGUGUAGUUUAAAUUCAAAGCAUACAGCAUAUACUCGAAGUGAGACAGGUUGAUUAUUUUUGCUCCAAAGAUUCUUUUCCUUGUGCUGUAUUACUAGCUUCGCAUAGUAUAGUGAAGUUCCGAUUAACCCUUUUGCAAAAAGAAAGCAAUUGAUGCAUCUUUUAUAUCCCGGAAAUGGUCGACGGUUUGUCGUCUUUUAUGAAUAGUUUUCAGAGUGUCCCACGAGGGCGAGCCACUAGUGCUGCAUUCAACAUGGAGUCACUCGCCUUGAAUGUAAAUGCCAUUGGCGUCGCUUUCAAUAUGUGGUUGAACAUGGAUUCAUUAGUAUCACGCUUUGUUUCUGUUAUCUUGUGUGUCGUAACGACAACAAGUGCCCAAGUUGCACCCGAAAUCGCUCCACACAGGAGCUUGAAUGAUCUUUCGGAAGGAAAACGCCUAUCGUUAAUUUGUUUAGCGACGUCCGGUACACCUCCCAUCUCGUUCUCUUGGUCAAAGGACUCCGCUCCGAUUGGAAAUUUGUUCGGAGUUAAAAUUGUUCAUAUCGAUGACUUUCAGUAUCAGCUACAGAUCGAUAAAUUAACAAUCGAACAUGUUGGAAAUUAUUCUUGCAACGCCAAGAACAUAUAUGGAUCAGAUCAUAUCACUAUCCCAGUUAUUAUGAAAUUCGCACCUCAGUGGGUGUCAAUAAAUCACGAGACUCCCAUUGGAGGAGUCGCAGGAGAAUCAGUUCAAGUUGAUUGCAGAGCCAUUGGACAUCCGCAGCCUACUAUAAGAAUUCUAAGAGAGUCAACUGUUAUACCCGAUGACCAAGUGGUGAAUGGCCUUUUGACUAUUGCCUUAGUAACUUCCCGUGACAAGGGCGAUUAUCAGUGCGAGGCGGUAAACUCCCUGGGAAAACUCCUCAAAACUGUUACCGUAUCUCUUAGUGUUCCGCCACAAAUUGCGCCUUUUAAAGUUCUUGAAGAUCUCUCAGAAGGUAAACGUGUAUCUUUGAUAUGCUCCGUGACUUCAGGCUCUCCUCCCAUCUCAUUUUCGUGGUCCAAAGGUGGCCGUCCUGUCGGUCCACUGACUGGCAUAAAAAUUAUUCACUUCGAUGAAUUUCAAGAUCAGCUCCAAAUAGAAAAACUUCGCUCUGAACAUGUUGGAAAUUAUACUUGCAAUGCAAAAAACUCAUUUGGCACAGAUCAAAUGUCUGUAGCUGUAGCAUUGAAAUUUAAACCAUUUUGGAGAACUGAGGAGCGUCGACGCAUACUCGCAGUAACUGGUGAGAAAGUUCAAGUGGACUGCAGAGCCGUCGGGCAUCCGGAACCGACAGUGAAAAUAUUUAAAGGCAUAAUGGAGAUUAAUGACCCACAACUUAACGUUAAUGGCUUGCUCACGAUAGACCCGGUUUCAUUCGCUGAUAGAGGCGAAUACCAGUGUGAAGCUUCAAAUUCUCUCGGCCGAAUAUCUUCCAGUUUUACACUAAUUCUUAGUGUGCCGGCUCGUUUUAAAGAGAAGACUUCAGUUGUGACAUCUCGGCGCUCUGAAACUACUACUCUCAAAUGCUACGCCGUUGGUGACCACCCCAUUUCGGUCGUCUGGUCAAAGGGAAAUGUCAAGCUCGACAAAAGAACUAGCUCAAGAUACCAGAUCAUCGAAUCGAUAACAACUGAUGGGUUGAGCUCAGAACUGCGAAUUCGAGAAACAGAUCGAGCGGAUUCAGCGCUCUACUCGUGCCAUACAGAAAAUAAGUUCGGCAAUGAUGAUAGAAAAGUUAAGCUCGUUGUUAAGGACGUUCCAGGCGCCCCUCAAGAUGUUAGGGUGAAAGAUAUUUGGUCAAGAUCAGUGUCCGUAUAUUGGACACCUUCAUAUGAUGGAAACAGUCCAAUAUCGAAAUACAUCGUUAACUACUGGAAACAACAUGGUGUCUCUAAUCGACCACAGGAAUUUGGAGUUCCAUCAGCACAACACUUUACCCUUGUGCGUGACCUACAGCCUGGCACCCAGUACGUACUCAACGUGUUGGCAGAAAACAGCAUUGGCAAAAGCGAAGGUUCACGGACAGUCACGUUUACAACGAACGAUGAGGAACCUGAGGCACCUCCAUUGGAUGUUAACGCUCUUACCCAGGGCCCGACUACUGUGUUGGUAUCGUGGAAAGCACCCCAAAAGGAUACUUGGAACGGCGAUAUUGAAGGCUAUUAUAUCGGAUUCAAGCCUAAGAAUUCAAAUGGAAGCACGUCGUACAAAAAGGUAGAGCAGAAGAACAACAUAACCCACGAAUACAUUCUCCAAGGCUUAAAUAAGGGAACAGAAUAUGAAAUCACCGUGCAGGCUUACAAUCAUGCAGGAUCCGGACCUAUAAGCCCGCAAAGGCUCGUAAUGACCAGACCCGGAGAGGAUUCUCCUGACGUUCCACGGCUAUUCGUCGACGCGGUCACUAUGGAUUCGAUUAAGGUGCACUGGCAACUUCGCACAGGCGGACAGAUUCUCAAUUACACAGUUCAUCACCGUCAGGCAGAUGGGGGCGCGUGGCUUGAGAAUGUUAUUGUAAACUCAACCGACAACAGUUAUGCCCUGACAGGUCUUAGAAGCGGCACAACAUAUGAAAUAUUUCUUACUGCUUCUAACGGAGCAAUGAAAGGCGAUCCAUCACAGAUCCUUAAAAUCCAGACGCUCAGAUCACCCGAUAUACUGGUGGAGAUUUUCGAGUCCGACGGAGAUCUCCCGAUCUAUAUGAAUAUGUACCUCACGGUGCCCGCAGCAGCGCUUGCUCUGGCCAUUAUCGUCAUUGUGGUUAGCUCAUGUAUUUGCUGUCGACAAAUGAAAAAUGUGCAACAGCCAGUGCCGCCACAAGGCGAAAUGGCCUUAUACGGGACCAUGGUGCCACAGCGUUACAUGGACGCCGCCGGCAACGAAGUAACGGUAACGUAUGGCACUGUGCCCCCUGUUGACCCUGGAGCUAUUCAACUUCAGGCCCAAACAGUGCAAAUGCAAACUGCAGGCACCGCCACCGUCGUCCCAACAAUUGCCAAUGCAAACACGACCGGUACAUGGAGUCGUAAAGAAGCGCCGAAGAAUCGGCCAUUACCGGUUCCAUCGGAAGCGAGCGACAAGGCGACGGGACAUCUUUACGACAGCGCCCAGUAGAAGGAAAGAAGUAAUAGCACGACUAACAAGCUCGAUCCAACAACAAGACAUGGCCUAAUUUUCGGUCUCACACUUUCAGUUGAAAGCAAGUGUAUUCAAAGCUGCCUCCCUUCCUAAGUUAAAUUAAACUUACGGGAGUGGCCCAUCGGCGACUUGAAAACCUCGAUCGUAUCAUUGUCAAAUGCAGAAUCGUACGUGAGAUUCAACAACCUUAACUGAAACGACAGUAGAGACUUAUUUUUUCAACGGACCAUCUUUGAGUUAAAGUCCAUUUAUGCCGACGUAUCGCUCGUUCACAGACAGUACACAUAGUACGACGGCGGGAAACUAAGUGACGAGUGCUCAUAAGAUUGGAUACUAUGGAUUUGCAGUAUCAAUAUGGAUAUUCGUUACUUGGGUCAUCUACAGCCAAACCAAAGUGUUCGUGGUAUACAUUGUUGUUUUUUUAUUGUCUAGUCAGAUCUAAAAUCAGCACGAAACGCAAGAAUGAAUACCAUUUAUAACUGUGUGACGUAGCCAAACCACUAUUGACAAAACUCACAAACGAAAGCCUUUAAAAAAUAAUUGCAGAUGAAUGAUUAGAUACUGUUUUAUAUGACUAAAUGACGCAUCUGAUCGUGAAUGGACGAGUGACUAUAAAUAAACAUAACGUAACUGCCCCUCUUAUUGUUUACAUCGAUUGGAUCGAUAACGAAAAAUGGAGCUUGCAUGUGACAUUUUCUCCCAAUUCGAAGUAGUGCAUGAUGCCUUUGUACAUAUGAAGAGGCAUGAUGACUGCUUAAUUUUUUUUGUUUACCCCGGCGAUAUCCAAUGAUCUCAAUUACGUACGCUUACUUUAUCCUACAAUUUAAUUAUCAUUCAUUUUUUUAUUCAUCUAGUCAAAUGGAGUAGUAGACUAAAACAGAACCCUCUAUAUAGGUUACUUUGAUUCUUGAAAACACAUGCUAACAAAUAUAGUCGGCCAGCAAAGAGUCUCUGGUCAAUUAUGCUGAAAAUGAUGACAAGUCUUAAUUAAUCUCUAUAGGAGUGUCAAGCGUGUGCGUAACUUCUACCUAAAGUGGUAACGUUCGUAAACCUGCCCCGAUAAGCAUCAUAAGUAGCUGCAGUUAGAGAUAGCAACGUCGUGCGCUUAGAAAGCACUGAAAUCGUCACUUCCAAAUAGGUUCAGGUAUGCUCAAAUAAUGCGAUUCGGAUGCAUGCAGUUGAGCGUAUGGGCUUAUGAUU